AUGGCGCAAGUAAUAACCAAUGCAGGCCAUGAUGAUAUGAUUCAUGAUGCAGCUUUAGAUUAUUAUGGUCGCAGACUCGCAACAUGUUCAUCGGAUCGCACCGUUAAGAUUUUUGAAAUCGAAGGAGAAACACAUCGCCUUACAGAAACACUGAAAGGUCAUGAAGGGGCCAUCUGGUCCAUCUCCUGGGCCCAUCCAAAAUACGGCAACAUCCUCGCCUCCGCAGGCUACGACGGAAAAGUCCUCAUCUAUCGCGAAACCUCCUCAGUCUGGACAAAAAUUUACGAUUUUGCCCUUCACACCGCUUCCGUUAAUUCUCUCUCCUGGUGUCCUCACGAAUCUGGAUGUCUUCUCGCAUGCGCUUCCUCAGAUGGAAACGUAUCGGUCUUAGAAUUCAAAGAUAAUUCUAUGGAUCACAAGAUUUUCCAUGCACAUGGUAUUGGUGUGAACAGUGUUUCUUGGGCACCAUCUUCGCAGCCAGGUAGCUUGGUGAGCGCCAAUGCGGGUGGAAAGGAGGGGGGAGUUAGGAGAUUUGUCACUGGAGGGAGUGAUAAUCUUUUGAGGAUAUGGGGAUGGGAUCAGGCUAGUUUGAGUUAUAAAGUUGAGGGUGCUCCAUUACAAGGGCACGGGGACUGGGUUAGAGAUGUUGCGUGGAGUCCUACGGUUUUGCAGAAGACAUCCGCCUCCCAAGACAAAACCGUCAGAAUCUGGACCUCAUCCGCAGCCAAUCCAGGCCAAUGGGAAUCCAAAGUCCUACAAUUCGAACGCGAAGUCUGGCGCGUGUCGUGGAGUUUAAGCGGGAAUGUAUUAGCAGUCAGCGGGGGAGAUAAUAAAGUUUCUCUAUGGAAGGAGAACCUAAGGGGCGAGUGGGAAUGCGUCAAGGAAAUCGAGGAAUAG